AUGUACCACGUUUCCGCCGCUGCUUUCACCGAAACAAACCCCGACCUUUCCAAGGCCUUGUUCAAUGCCACUUCGACGAUCGACGCAGCAAAACUAGCAGAAAAUGAGGUAUUAAUUGCUGCGUUGGGAGUGCCUGUAAACCCCUCGGACCGGCUCCAGGUGGCCGGCUCAUAUAAAACACCAAUCAAUUUCCAGCACUUGGGCCAGGACAGCACCGAGAAGAAGGUUGCUGUUGGUGGCAACGAAGGCUGUUUCUGCGUUGUGGCCGUCGGGCAAGAUGUGUCCUCGUACAAAGUCGGGGACUGGGUUAUCUUGAAACUCACCAGUUUCGGCACAUGGAGAUCACACGCCAUCGUGCCCCUCACGCCGGACAACCCUGACCCACUCAUCGUGGUGCUGAGCGAUGGGGAAAAUAACAUUUCCAUGGACGAGGCAUCGACCAUCUCCACCAACCCCUGCACAGCGUACCAGCUUUUCCACAACUACGUCUCCGACUGGCAAGAAAAUGACUGGAUCGUCAUGAACGCGGGCAACUCCUUCGUGAAUAAGUACUUGUAUCAGCUCGCCAAACACCACGGAGUAAAAACAUUGGGGAUUGUGCGCAGGAAGCCAGACUUCGCCGAGGUUGCGAAGGAAUUGCGUGGGCUCGGAGCCACUGAAAUCGUGGCCGAGGACAAGUUUCUUGCGGAAGACUUCGUGUCGGCCACUCUUCCGAAGCUUGUGGGGGAAACCGCCCGCGUCAGGCUUGCACUCGAUUCCGUUGCAGGCCCCACAACACCCAACUUGGUGGCAGCGCUCUCCAAUGACCAGACGUUUGUAAAUUACGGUGGCAUGUCCGGAGGCAUGGUGCAGUACUCGCCCGGUGUGCAGUUGGCAAAGAACAUCACGCUCAAGAGCUACUGGUUGACGCGGAACACGCGCCAGAACCCGCAGCUGAAGGUGGACACGAUCCGGAGCUUGUUGCCUCUUUACAAGUCGGGGGUAUUCCAGCCGGUGAAAUUCACCCACAUUCCGUGGGACGGCACGGGCAGUCUUAGGGACGCGUUUGUCCAGGCCAUUGACGAGUCGCACCUAGGCAAGCGUGUGGUGACGUUUCCAGGGAACGUUGUAUAA